AUGGACAACAGCAAAACUAUAGAAUCCUGGCUAUCUCCUGCAACAUCAAAUGACGAUCUUCUUAUACCUAACUUUCAAACACCGUUUCGCUGUGAUCAUAAUGAUCGCAUAGGUGGAGGAGUCACUAUCUACAUUCGAGAUGGCCUUCUCGCCAAACAUCGUGACGACCUUUCUGUUGCUGGAAUAGAGGCUCUCUGGCUUGAAAUAAAUUUUAGACAUCGUGUCAUCAUUGUAGGAGGCAUCUAUCGUCCUCCGGAUUCAAAUAAUCAGCAAUGGCUUCUUCUUGAACAGUCCAUAGACCAAGCUUUUAACCAACCUUGUGAUAAUAUCCUAGUUGCUGGUGACUUUAACAUCAACAUCCUAAACACUCAGACAAACAAGAUAUCAAAUCUAAUUUCCUCUUACCAGGCAGAACAAUUAAUUUCAUCACCAACACAUUUCACAGAAAACUCAUCCUCUCUAAUUGAUCUCAUUUUUGUUAAAAAUAAUAAUCACGUACUAACAAGCUUUGUUGCCGAUCCAUUCAUUCCUGACAUGAUUCGAUUUCACUGCCCUACUGUUGCUGUUCUUAAACUAGACAAACCUAUAAAUACUACAUUCAAAAGAAAAGUAUGGUUGUACGACAAAGGUAACUAUGAUCAAUACAAAACAAUACUGCAUAAUACUACCUGGGACACCAUAAUAGAAAACACUGACCUUAACAAAGCCACUGAAGACAUCACACACGCAAUAUUAACUGCAGCACAACAAUCAAUUCCAAAUAAAACAGUCACAAUAAGACAAAACGACAUUCCUUGGCUAAAUAACACGAUAAGAAAGGCUAUUAGGAAGCGCAAGAAGUUACACAAAACAGCAAAACGACUUAACACUGAACAAGCUUGGACAAUGUUUAAAACAAUACGUAACGAGGUUACAAAACUAAUACGAAUAUCAAAACAAAACUACCAAAAUAAACUCAUUGAACAAGUAAAUUCAAACACAAUAACAGCGAAACUCUGGUUCAAAACUGCUAAAAAACUAACAAAUAAAACAACAGCUCAGACAAUUCCAACGCUACAAGACCAAAAUAUACAAGCAUCUACAGACCAAGAAAAGACAGAACUCCUUAACCAUUUCUUUUGCUCACAAUCCACCAUAGAUGACACUAAUGAAAUUUUGCCACCAUGCCCAUCCUCUACUACAGCUACCCUAACGAAUAUUCUUAUUACACCAACAGACGUCUCUGAUGCUAUAUCCCUCAUUGAUCCAUCUAAAGCAUGUGGUCCUGAUCUCAUCAGCCCUAAACUUCUUCGAGAAGGCUUUAUCAAAGGUGACUCUACAGUGAACCAACUGGUAUAUCUUCAUAACGACAUCUGCAAUGCUCUCGAUAACGGCAAGGAAGUUCGAGCCGUGUUCUGUGACGUUUCAAAGGCCUUCGACAGGUCCCCUAAUGAAUCUAUCACAGAAUAUAAGAUAAGUGAAAAAUGUCCAAAAAUGUUCGAUAAACGUAGCUGA